GUGGACAUCAUGGCCGGUGUUGUGCCGGAUACUUAGCGAUUCAUCGACCCUGUAACGUUAGCUGCGUAAUUUUAACUAACAUUUUAACUAACGUUAACGCUAGCUAGGUAGCAACAGUGUAAAUUAUUGUUAUAAGUUAGCUAGCAAUAAUGGUCCAAUGUUUGCAAAGUUAGCUAUGAAGAGGAGAACAAAACCAGCAGAUUAAUCCCAGAGGGGUAGAUCUGAACACAUUAGUCAUUAAUUGUUGAUUGUUUUUAAAAAAAAUUUUUAAGCAAAACAGUCUUGACUUCAGCUUAUCAAAGUGAGACGAUUUGCUAGUUUUCUCUGUUUUACUGUUAUUGUAAACGGUGUAGGGGUUUUGGACAGUUGUGGAACAAACAUCUGAACAUGUCUCUGUGGAACAUUUUUCACUAUUUUCCGUAAAAAUGAUUACGUUAAGCGAUUAAUGGAGAAAAUAAUCGGCAGAUUGAUAUUGAAAUUAGCCUUAUUUGCAGUCCUAUGGUAGUCUUGGUUAGGAAGUUUAAAAGAGCUGACGUUAUCCAAGUAAACUCGUUCAGAUGGACAUGAUGGGGAGGCAGGUUUUAAAUUAAGGAAGUUACAAAUAUAAGCGUGGGUGCAUAAUUGUACACAAAUAUGAGCAAUUUAGACAAUUAAACAUGCUUGUACUGUGGUACAAUGCCCUUAAUAUACAAACCUCAAGGGAACAAACAGAUAGUGUGACACUGUGUUGAUAUACAGAAUUAAUAAAUUACAUUUUUAUUGUUUUGUCAAGCAAAACAUUGAACAAAUCAGAUGGAAAACACAUAAAAUACUCCACAUAAAUAAAAUAACAUUUCAGCCACCCAUACACACCAAAACUACCAAACCCCUAAAAGACAAGCAAUGUUUUAAGGCUGCAUUUAAAAGAAGAUGCAGUUACAACAGCUCUCAGGUGAUCACGCAGUUUGUUCCAGAGCACCAUAGUGGCCAAAUGCAACUUCACCUGAUUUAGUUUUUUUCUAGGACACAUUCAGGAGACACAUGCUUAAUGAUAUGAGACAUAUGAUUGGCUAUAGCCAGUGAGAAGGUUGGAAAUAAAUUGAGCCUAACAGUUAGGGCCUUGUAAACCAGCAAUGGCAACAAAGCAGAAUUCAUAAACCAGCGAAAUCAGAAUAAAUACAAAUUAAAAAAUCCAUGUUGCCUUCUUUUCCAGGCCUUUGAGACAAAGUUAGCAAACUUAAACACUUCCAAAUUAAACAGCCAUUCCAGUGUUUGCUCAUCUGUACACCAGAAUAUAUCAGGGUUUUGUCGAGACAUUUCAUGGAAAAUUGACUCUAAAAUCAUCAUAGCUUUAUAAAAGAAAAUAGGACUCACUUUUCCAAAUCAAACAGCUCACAUAAUUGGUUUUCCUCCUGAAUACUUGUGAAUCGACCAACCUCGACAUAUGAAUACCAGCUCUUGACACGCACAUAUGUCCUUAAUUUUGGCUUUGACAAGAUAUUUUCAAACCAUUUUUCUUCAAACUUAAUGUGAAAAUUACAGUUGACAUUGCAUUGACAGAAGUGGAUGACAUACUGUGUAGUCAUUUGAUUUUAAGACCACACAUAGCUAUAUGUAUAAUAUAAUAUGCAGUCUAUGGUCUAGCUGUAGUUUGUAACUAACAGGUAAUUCAUAUUUAUUUUGCUUUGGUGGUUAUGUUUGAGUCUCAAAGUUAACUAAGAUAAAUAAAUACCAGCCAAACCUUGGUCGUUUAACAACAAUAGACAUUUUUAGAUUCCUCAAAGACCGGACUCCCUCUCAGAUUUGCAGCCAGGGCCCCAGUGAAGGGGGUGUUUGAAAGUUUCUUCUGGACAGGACUUUUAUGGACAUCUCAGGAUGUUCAGCAGAGUACAGAACUGACAUCCCCUCUCCAGCUGCCAAGAACUUCAGUCAACCCAUUCGAGUCAUGUACCCAUUUAAUCAAAGGUUAGCCUGUGAGGGCUGUUGCUGCACCCAACCACUCACCGCAAUGACUGGCCUUUUCCAUCUCAAGGUCUUAGCCCCAUCAAUUUGAACAACUUGUCAGGGCUGUUCUGUUGUCAGUGCGAGCUCAUGCAAGUGAUGGACUACAGCCGGACGGAUGCUAACCUUAGCUGGCAUUCCCAAAACAGCAUUCCCCCUUAUUGAGACCAGCUCCACAGAAUGCUGAGUCCUAUCGUCCCCUAUAGCUUGUUAAAGAUGCACUGGAACCCAGAGCAUGCCCAGGCUCUCAGCCAGUGGCCUGAGCAGCACCUGGACGUCUCCUCGACCACCUCCUCUCCGGCCCACAAGUCGGAAUUGUACGCUGGCCGCGGCCGCAGCUCCUACAACUACGCCUGGGCCAACGACGACAUCUCUGCUCUCACAGCCUCCAACCUGUUGAAGCGCUAUGCUGAUAAGUAUGCUGGUGUGCUGGACUCACCGUAUGACCGGCCACCUGCUGUGGGCACCUACCCAGAGCCAGGGGCCUUUGGGGGGCUCAACGCCCAGAAGACUGAGCUGGAGCCUUGGCCACUGACGCACAGCGCUGAUGCCUCCUAUACCCUGGGGCCCCCUGGAGGCCAUGACAGCCUCUCAGGUUCCAAGGCUGUAGCCACAUCUGUUGGCCCUCCGGGGGUUGGCAGCGUGUCGGUGGUGAACAGUAACCUCUCAGACUCUGGCUACAGUGGCAGCAGCUCCUGCAGUGGCUCCAGCGAGUACCCCUCUAGCUACAAUGGCACCUAUCUUUCCUCAGGGUACUGUCCCCAACCCAGUGCAGCACUUCCCCCUGCUUCCCUCCACACUCUCCAGUCCGCCCCCACUCUGGUGCCCAGCUAUAGCCCUACCACACCUGUCUAUAACUACCCCCCAAGCACAUACCCACCCCAGACCAGCCUUGCCCCCAGCUACGGCCACCCCUCUGCAACUUACCUGCACUCAGGUCUACCAGCCCCUACUCCCGUUCCCUCAAGGCCCACCAUUGUAGGAGGUAGCUACAGUUACCAGAGCGCCAACCUCGGGACAUCUGAAUCUGGAGGAACAUUAAAAAGAAAAGCAUUUGAGAUGAGCGUAGAAGAGGAUGAGAGUGGAGACGGAUCUCGUUACAGGAAAUAUAGCUAUGACCCCUUGAAGGCUGGGGGAAACUCACCCUACAGUGUGAAUGACAAAACAGAGUGCCGGGGAAACGGCUUCAGCAGUUCAGGCAGCACAGACCCUCAAACCUUUAAGCCCAGUAAGCCCUCCUCCCAGCCCAUGGUGUCUCCUCAGUAUGGGGCAGCAGGGGAGUACAGCCCUCCAGCAGGCAUGACGGGAGAAAAUGGCGUGGCGGAGCAAGGCUUCAUCCAACAGCAGCACCACACCCAGGCCCACAAACGCUCUCCACUGUGUGCUCCGCCUGUUGAGACUAUGAAGAGCCCAGAUCCCCGGGUGUUGGACCUUGUCAAUGGGGAGUUACUGGACUGCAGCCCGGCACUGGGUUGGGGCGAGCUGGCCGGUCUCACCCAUGUGAAGGGUGCCCUGGAGGAGGACCUUUUGUGGCCCGUGUUGAGACCCAGUCCGUUGAUGCGGCCACCAAGAACCGUCCUGCUGUUUGGCCCCAGGGGAGGGGGUAAGACCACGUUGACUCGUUCUUUGGCUUCACAGCUGGGGGCUUCCUUCUACCGCGUCAGUGGAGCCAUGCUGGCCUCUAAAGGGAAGGCCGAGGCAGAGCACAUUCUGGGGUCUCUUUUGCAGGUGGCAGGGGCACGGCAGCCCUCAGUGGUGCUGCUCAGCCAGGUGGAGGCCAUGGAAGAGGAGGGGCUGAGGCAGACACUGCUGACCGCCCUGGAGAAAGCCCAGGUGGGGACCACAGGUCUGGUGAUUCUUGUAUGUGCCACUGGUAGGCCAGAUCUGCUGCAGGAUGCAGUUCAUCGAAGCUUUGCCAAGCGGUACCACGUUGGCCUGCCAGAUGUGGGUAUGCGCAGGCAGGUGCUGCUGCAGGCGCUGACACCCCAUGGCUACAGCCUGAGCGAGAGGGAGCUGAGCAUUGUGCUGCAGCGCACAGACGGCUUCUCAGUGUGGGAGCUGCUUCAGAUCAGCCAGCAGGCACUCUCCUCAGCAUCCUCCUCCACCGGGGCAAUGCAUGGCCUCCCCACGUCCUCUAAACCCCCAGCCUUCACAGACUUUGAGAAUGCCUUCUGCAAGGUGCGCCCACACACCACCGUGAAAGAACUGGACACUUGUACAGAGUGGAGCAAGAUGUAUAACCACUGAGAAAGCAGCUAGUCACUGUACUCGGACUGCAUUACGACCCUGUCUUUGCUUUGAUAUGGCAAGCCACGGGAAUUUGUUGUUGUUAUUUUGUAAUUACAGAUUAUGCAGCCAAAAGAGCCAGAGAAAGUCAACAAUACAGGAGAGCUGACAAAGUUGUUUUACUGGCAGAAGCAUGCCACUGUGUGCUGUUUUUGUUUUCAAAUGAAUAGCCGCAAUAUUUUAUUUUUCCCAAAGAAGAGAAAGAUGAAUAGGCCUUGUUGAGUCGGGUAGUGUAUUAGUCUUUUGGCCAAUGGGAAAAUCAGAUUAUGUACUAUUUGAAUACUCUCAGAGAUCCUGAUUAGCCUUGGUCCAGGACAAAAUCAAUUAUUUGUUGCUAGGUGACGUGGUCCAAGAUUAUGGAUAAUCAGGGUUUGGAAAAUCCCCCCCUUUGACUGCUACUCUCAGGAUCCUAUUUAUUGCAAGUCCACUUCCAUGUUAUCCUAAUGUUGAUUUAGUCAUUGGAUUGUCACUUAAAUAUUCAGUAAGAAGGGCUUGGGAUCAGCAACAUUUCAGCAAACCACAGUUUUUGACCAAAAACAUGUCAAACCAAAUGCAUAAUCAGCAGCGUUAACAGGCUGGUCCUCAAAAUUACAAUAAAUGAAUCCUUCUGAAGAGCUUCUCAACAAAUCAAACAGAUAGUUCUUAUCCCCCCCCCCCCCCCCCCC